CAGGAGCAGCCCCAUCAUCGCCAUCCCGCCGCCGCGCCCCCCCACCCCCCUCUCUCCCCAGCCUUUGUUAGCCAUGCCUAGCCUGGUAGUGUCAGGGAUAAUGGAAAGGAACGGGGGCUUCGGGGACCUGGGCUGCUUCCCGGGGAGCAGCAAGGACAGGGCGCUGCUGGAGGACGACCGGGCGCUGCAGCUGGCCCUCGACCAGCUCUGCCUGCUGGGCUUGGGGGAGCCUUCGGCCGGCGCCGCGCCCUCCGCCGCCGCCGCCUCGGCCUUGGGGGGCGGCGGGGCGGCGGACGACAGCAGCGGCGGCCAGCCGGCGCAGCCCCCGCCGCCGCCGCAGCCCCAGCAGCCCGCGCCCCCGCCGCCGCCCCCCCCGCCGCCCCCCCCGCCGCCCUCGGCCCAGCAGCCGCAGCAGCCCCCGCCGCCCCCCGCCCCCAAGGGCUCCUCGGGGGCCGCCAUCCCGCCGCCGCCCCCCCCGCCGCCGCCGCCGCCCGGAGCCCCCGAGGCCGGCAAGCUCUGCGUGCUCUACAAGGAAGCCGACCUGCGGCUGAAGAGCAGCUCCAACACCACCGAGUGCGUCCCGGUGCCCAGCUCCGAGCACGUGGCCGAGAUCGUGGGCAGGCAAGGUUGCAAAAUCAAAGCUCUGAGAGCCAAGACCAACACUUACAUCAAGACCCCGGUUCGCGGCGAAGAGCCUGUCUUCAUGGUGACUGGGCGACGGGAGGACGUUGCCAUGGCCAGGAGGGAAAUCAUUUCGGCCGCUGAGCAUUUCUCCAUGAUCCGUGCUUCCCGCAACAAGGCCGGCCCCGCCUUUGGCAGUGCCCCCACCUUGCCUGGCCAGGUCACCAUCCGGGUCCGGGUCCCCUACCGUGUGGUGGGCUUAGUUGUGGGCCCCAAAGGAGCCACCAUCAAGCGGAUCCAACAGCAGACCAACACCUACAUCAUCACGCCCAGCCGCGACCGAGACCCUGUCUUUGAGAUCACGGGGGCCCCCGGCAACGUGGAACGAGCCCGGGAGGAAAUUGAAACUCACAUCGCUGUCAGGACAGGCAAAAUCCUAGAAUACAACAAUGAGAACGACUUCCUGUCCAGCAGUCCUGACUCAGGCAUGGAAAACCGCUACUCGGAGGCCUGGCGGGUCCACACUCCGGCCCCAGGUUGCAAACCCCUCUCUACCUUCCGCCAGAAUAGCCUCGGGUGCAUCGGCGACUGCUCCUUGGACCCUGCCUAUGAGACGCCCCGGCUGAAUGACCAAAAUGAUUUCAAUUACAGUUACCUCUUCCCUAACUACGGGGUCAACAAGCAAGAUCUAUAUUAUGGGGUCCCCGAGUCAGGAGCCCCUCUGUGGGCUGGCCAGGAAAACACCAAUCCGGUUUCCGUGCUCUUCUCCAAACAGCGCUCGGGCAAUGCCGGCACCCUCCACCCCAAUUCACACCGCUCCCCCUCGUCAUCUAUCCAAGAGCCUCCCCUCUCCGGGCUUCCGAGACGAUCUCAGGGGGAGCCCCUGCAAGGGUUCUCUAAAUUGGGUGCUUCCGCGACCAGCCGGACAUCCCUCUCGAGCAGCCGGGAGUGCAUGGUGUGCUUCGAAAGCGAGGUAACGGCGGCCCUGGUGCCCUGCGGCCACAACCUCUUCUGCAUGGAGUGUGCUGUGCGGAUCUGCGAGCGGACCGACCCCGAGUGCCCGGUCUGCCACGCGGCAGCAACUCAGGCCAUUAGGAUAUUUUCUUAAAACCAGCAGCAGCCGCGGAAACCCUGAGAAACAGGAAGACGAGCGAGUGAGAGAGAAGACGGAUGGAAGGACAUCUGAAGCAGGAACAAACACAGGAGAGAAACGAACAUUAAUUUAAAGAGGAAAGAAACUAUUUUAGGAGCAAUGUAUGUUAUUUUUAAAGAAAAUAAUGAUAGUGGCGAUGAUGAUGAAGAUGACGGAUACGAUUUAACUGGAGAACCUAUAAAUAUUUGGGCAGGAGAUUUGAUACGCAGUGGUUGACGGUGCUGAUUUUCUUUCUCAAGAUGGUCUGGGGGGGCUGGAGGAGGGGCUGGCCAUCCGGUGGAUCUGUGGCACCUCCUGGUGACCGAGAAACUUCUCCUUGGGGGCUGCUGCUCCUCUUCUCCCCAACAACCCAGCUCUGGUGGCGGUCACAAUAUGGCCGGAAGGUCUUGGCCAGCCUGGCGGACAACAGCUUUGGAAAGAACUCAAUCAGAAGGACAGGAGAAACGAAUAAAUGAGAGAGAAGCCUCUGGGAAUAUGAUCAAACGAGGGCACAACUGCAUUACCUCAACAUUUAAAAAGAAAAAAAAAGAAGCAGCUAAAGACC